GUGGGAGGCUGGAGGGCCUGGCCGAAGGCCAGCGGGACAUGGACGUCAGCUGCACGGAGGUGGCCGCCUGCGGCGUCCGUCCAGGCCUCAGCGGUGAAGGGACAGCCGCGCCCACUCGCGCCGUCGGUCACCUGCGGGGCCCCCGCGACCCCCAGCGGUUCCCAGCCCCGCCGCCCCCAUCCCCGCCGUCAGCCGCCUGCUGGGCUCCGCGCCCACCCCCCCCAGUUCGCACCCCCGCGGUCCCCACCUGCGCCGGUGAGGGUCGUGGGCUGCAGAGGGCUGACUCCAGGCCCCGCCCGCUGGAGCUGGCCCCCGACUGCGCCGCUUCGCCCUUGCGCAGUUGCCACUCCGUGAGAUUUGAGAAUUUCUCCGGAAAAGUGAACGCGAGGCGGGUUUUACCUGUCUGCCUAGGCGUGCAUCCCGCUCUGGCUGUCCUGAGCGCUUAAAAGGCGCCUGCCACUGUUGUCAGCGUUUGCGUGCACGUACUUGUUCCUCGCGCGGGUGUAUGUACGCUGCCGUGUGACCCAUUUUACGGAUAGGGGAGCGGCGGCUCAGAGUGCUUGAGCAAAGAGCCUGAGGUCCUGUUGUAGCUGCCAUUGAGACCUUGCGCGCCGGCUCCAGAUCCGCACACCAGCAGCCUGUAAGCCUGGUGAUGCGUAACCCAGUAUCCCAAGAUUGUUAAGAAAACACUUUAGUAAUUCCGAGAAAUAGUUCUUGAAAGAACUCGUCUUUGAAUGGAAUAAAUCUUGGUGCCAAUAAUGGAACGAACACUGGACACAGGACUGGGGAAGACUGGAUUUCAGCUUAGGAGAAGAGUAUUGGAACAGUUGUGCUGCUACCAGCGAUGCGUGGGAGCUGUGUACAGAUUCAGCCGACAACUAUGAGCCUUGGAGAUCAUCUUAAGUAUCUUGUGUUGUUAAUAGGCCAGCGGUGGAACCUCGUUUAGUUGAUGUUUCUCUGAGGUUGGGUUUUGUCCUUAUGUUCGUUGGUUGGUUGCAUCUCCUCUCUUGUGAACUGUAAGCUUAUACCUUCUCAAUUUUUUUUUGAAGCUCUUGGUGUUUUCUGGAUUGAUUUUUGUGAGCUGUUUAUAUAAUAAAGUUAUUUGUAUUUUGACAUUUUGAAUAUAUUUGCAGACUUCCUGUUUGGCUUUUAAAUUUCUUAUCUUUUAUUUAUUAACUUAUAGAAGAUGUAUAUUUCUUUAUGGCCAGGAACUUAGUGUGUUCACCGUUGUGAUUUUUCUGUCAAGUCCAAAUGUUGUCCUUCCACCCCAACAGCUGUAAUAUACACGUACUUUAUGUUCUUCUAGUUUUUUUAAUAUACAUAUAAUUAAAAUUAUAUGUAUAUUUGACUUUUUACAUCACCAGGAAUUCUUUAACUCUAUAGAUGUUUGAAGUUAUGUAAGCAAGAACAUUAUGCUUUUGGACUGUAACUGAAACAUUUCUGGGAUUGGAGUUAAUACGCUAAAAAUUAAGAGGCAAGAAAAUAAAGCAGUUGUUUGUGUAGAAUAAAAUUCAGCUUAAUCUUUGGCUGUCCUGACUACAGCCCAUCAUCAGUGUUUGGAAUUUUCCCACCAUGUUACGUAGUGCAGUGCUGUGGCUUUAAAGAAGCACUUUCCCCUCUUGCCCUGGAGCCCUGUGCCCUGGUUCUGGGAGAUAAUCACGAUUGUGUACUGUUACUAUAUUGUGUCAGCCCUCUCUGCCUGCUGCUUUCAUCUUUCUUAAGUUAUGCAGCACAAAUCUUAGAAUGUUUCUCUAUUUUUUCUAACUAAAAUACUUUCUAUCCUAAAACAAUUGAGGACCAUUCUCCUAUAAGGUUGCUCACCCAGUCUCUGGCAUGGCAGCGCAGCUAAUGACGCACCUGGCCCACGAAUUCACUUGCAGUUGGUUUUUGAUGCAUGAAUGGUAGCAAUACUAGGUUACUUUUAUUUUGGCCUUUAAAGUUUGCAGAGAUCUUUGGUACACAUGAUUCCAUUUAAUCCUUACAGGAUUCCUGUGACAUUAGUUAUUAUUCCUAUUUUAAGAUGAGAAAACUGAUAGAAAUUAAAGGGACCUGAAUAAAUCAUAUAGUUAGGAUUUGAAUUUCUGCCUUCUGACUCUUGGUUAAGUGUCUUUUCUCCCUCGCCAUGGCUGAACAAGUUGAUUUGUCUGGCAAAAGUGUGCUGUUAAUAACAUCAGUGUUCUUUACCCCAUAUUGGUCAAUCCACUUUGCACUGAUUAAAAACUGUUGGUCAUGUC